CUUCCCUCCCUCCCGCCCUUUCUAGAUUUCUGAUAACCCACAACUAAAAGAAGCGGGUAAGAACCUCAACUCUUUAUACAAAUUGAUCGGUUGAGCUUCUUAUUUACAAUAAACCCUUUUGAUUCAUUGGCACUAUUAUUCUACAGAAAAUCAAAGAAAAUGGGGAGCUCAAAUGCUGGGGUAUCGGACAAUUCCACAACCAUCUCUGAUGAAGUUGGUGGCACCACUCAUGAUACUGACAUUGACGUGGUUGACUCCAGUCGUUUUCAAGAAGGUGAAAAAGUACUCGCCUUUCAUAGCCAACAACUUUAUGAAGCUAAGGGUUGGAACAAAAACUGGGAUGAAUGGGUGGGCAUAGAUCGACUGAUGAAACUCACAGAAGAGAAUAUUCAGAAGCAGCAGGAGCUUAAGAAAAAACAGGAUACAGAUAAGAGUUCAAAGGGUGGACGUGGAUCACAAAUGAAAACAAAAGGCUAUACAGGGGGAAGAGGCAGAAAGCGAAAGAGUGAUGUUCCGCAGAAGGACAAGUAUGCUCCUCCUCCAGAAAAGCUUGUCAAUAUCCAAAUACCACCACAAUUAAAGAAACAGCUGAUUGAUGAUUGUGAAUUUGUCAACCACUUGGGCAAGCUCGUCAAACUUCCACGUUCUCCAAAUGUAGAUGAAAUACUAAAGAAGUAUCAUGACUAUCGGCUGAAAAAGGAUGGAGUGAUAUCUGAUUCUGUUGGAGAGAUUCUUAGUGGUUUGCAAUGCUACUUCGACAAAGCACUGCCUGCUAUGCUCCUUUACAAGAACGAGCGGGAACAAUACCAAGAAUCAAUUAGAGAUGAUGCCGCUCCUUCCUCUAUAUAUGGAGCUGAGCAUUUAUUACGGCUUUUUGUUAAGUUGCCAGAGAUUCUGUUCUACGCAAGUAUUGAAGAUGAAACAUUAACAGAGUUAAGGCAGAAGUUACAAGACUUUCUCAGAUUCCUGCAGAAGAAUCAAAGUGCAUUUUUCCUGUCCAUGUACCAUUCUGCGGAAGGUUUUGAUGUGGCUGACAAGAAACAGGAUAACUGAGUUGGAACUUUUCUUCUCUAUUGUACAUUCUAUAUCGCACCUACUAUGUAUAUUCUCUGUUCUCCGAUGCAGAACUAUGUUGUAUUACUAGGGAUGUUACUAGUAAAUUUUGCUGCAUAGUAGCUCGCACAUGUUUUCCUACUUAAUGCCUGUGCAGUGGCUAUUCCAGUGUUCAAAUCUAUUCUCUUGAAAACAGGUACUUGAGUACAACUAACUUGUGUUACAUAUGGGAAAGAAAUUUGCUCUGCGAUAGGUGUCGACAAUGUUGAGGUGCAUUGAGUUAUCUUUACAUAAGACGUAUUUCCUAUUUCAUGGCA